AGUUCUCUCGGUCAAUUGUAUGUUUCGGGUUGAUCAUUCAAGUUUCGCUUAAAGACGCCAAAAUCAAUCCAUACUUUUAUUUUCAUUUAAUGAUUUGAGAGAUCCGUGUGUGCACAUUAUAGUGUUACUAGAGUAAAUAUAACCAUGAAUCUGUUGGAUACAUAUCAUCACUAUAUUACAGAAGUCGCUGAUCGGAGAACCAACAUUCACCCGCUGAUAUCUUCACCUGUGCCAAUUCUUCUGAUAUCGGCAGCGUACUUAUACUAUGUUCUGGACUAUGGUCCAAGAUACAUGAAAAACAAACAACCGUACUCUCUCAAAACAUUCAUCUUUUGGUACAAUGUGUUUCAAAUUUGUAUAAAUUUAUACAUGAUAUAUCUAACAUAUGAAGCUGGUUGGUUUGGGGACGGAUUUUUAUUCUGUACUGAAUUGGAUUACUCCUACAAUGACAAACCGAUGAAGAUUAUAGCAAUGCUGUUGUUGGGAUUGAACGUAAAAAUAAGCGACUACAUCGAGACUAUUGUAUUCGUUUUAAGGAAGAAAGAUAGACAGGUUUCGUUCUUACAUUUGUACCAUCAUGUCUCCACGGUAUUGUUGAGUUGGUAUACGGUAAAAUACUUUCCCAACGGGUAUGCUGUUAUGGUUGGUUUUGUAAAUAGCAUAAUACACAUAAUAAUGUACAGCUAUUACUUGUUGACCUCCUACGGCCCAGAAAUGCAAAAAAUGCUGGCACCGUUUAAGCCCAUACUCACCACGUGUCAAAUGGUACAAUUCGUGGUCCUAAUAACGUAUCUGAUGCAAGCUUUCAUUCCUGGUUGUCCAGAGAUGCAAUAUUUCGCCGGCAUUAUGAUAAUUAAUCUGCUUAUUAAUUUUGUCUUGUUCUAUAAUUUCUACAGACAGAAUUAUACGUUAUCGAAGAAUAAAAAAAAAUAAAAACGAAAAAUGUUGUUUGGAUAUCGAAUUUCUAUAGAUUUAUGUGCUGCUCGUGGAGUCUUCAUAUAUUGGGAGCGGUACGAAUCGUUUGACGUUUCAGGAAAACGUGCUAGUAGCCGACCUAACUAUAACUGCGCGAACCAUAUGAUGCCAUAUGAUCCUGGGCGAGGCCUUCAAGACUCUACCCAGGACUCAUUGAGCUGGUAAGAUAUUGUCUUUUCGCAAGGGGAUCACGGUUCCUUCCUUGACAGUGUGGUUGCCGUUGUUCCAUUUACUGCGGGUAUUGAAUUCGUUUAUGUAUUUCCGGUGUCAACGGGUCCAGAACUGUUGUUUCGUGUUUUGUGUCCGUUGCCAAUUCGGCAACCUAUUAGUGAUUAAGUGGCCUGGAGUGAGUGCUAAUAAGUCGUCAGGAUCAGAGGAAAUUGAAGUAAGGGGACGAGAGUUCAAAACGGCCUCGAUUUCAAUUAUUAAAGUAUUAAAAUCCUCGAAUGUGAAUAGCUCAGUCCCAGCGACACGUUUUAAAUGGUACUUGAACGAUUUGACUGUCGCAUUCUGGAGACUUACGCGCGGAGUAAGAUAUGUGAGCGAGACAAACUUGUGACGUAUCUGAGAGAGAAGUUGUUCUAGUGGUUCGUCUGGGAAUUCCCAGAAUCGACCAAGCUCUAUUUCUAAAGAACCGAUGGAAUGACAUUUCUUUGUUUUGGUAGGCUUACUUGAUGGCACGCUCCUUCCGAUGACUCGACUGAAUAGCGUUUUCCGCAGGUAUACGUCUAGGCUCUCCGGAGAUGAUAAUUUGAUUUGCUAGUUUAAUGUUUCUUGAUGUAGAUGUGUGGGUGAGGAUGCUCGUUGAUUAAAAUAUUGUGAUUUAUUAGUGCUGAACUUGCAGUUCGCGCGUUUUUCAAGAAACUCCAAUAGGUUGCUAUACGAGGGAACGCUUUUAUCUCUCAAGGUUAACUCCCAAUCCUCUACUGUUUCGGAGCUAACCUUGGGGAAAAUUAUUGAUAUUAUCAUGGCGUUCCAUUCAUUAACGGUUUCUCUUACAUUCUUUAAGGCUCGGUUAUGCUGGUUAUACACAUCCACUAGGUUCCCGAGAGCUUCUGCAGUGUUCCGUUAAAGUUUCGAAUGAAACUCGACAUUUUGACUGGUACUGAUUGACCCUUUGCACUCUUAUGUCAUGUUGGAGAUGAGAAUAAAAAUUUGUACUACUUUAUUUAUGGUACUUCAAAAAAUUAUAAAAAUUAAACCUUGUAAUAAUAAUAAUAAAUAAAAUAAAUAUAAAACGUUGAAUUCUACCGCUAUAAAUUACUUUAAUUCGUUUCUUUAAAAAUAAUUACAACUUUACAGCCAACGACAUUGAAAAUAAAUCAAGUACAAAGGGUUAAUACCUACCUUUCGUUCUCAUGAUAUCCGAGCACGUGCAACACUUAUCAACCGGCCCCCGGUGUAAUAGUCGUAUCUUGGCCACGGUUCGCCCAGUAUUGUCCCAGAGGUGAAACUCGGUUGCUUGACCAAUUGCUCGAGCGUGUUUCCACAGGAUAGAUCAAAUCUUCCAUAGCCGUUAUUCGAUCCCCGAAAGACAACAGUGUUUAUGCUAAUCCGCGGAUGUACUCGAGUUUCCGUGCUUUUCAGUCACUGCAUAACGGAAAUCUCGAAUUCUGCAUUACGUCCGGCGAAGGUUGUUAUACUGCACCAACAUGCUAUAUCACGGGACCGCGUACGAUAAUACGGAAGUCAAUAAUGCCUUCCGACCGGGCGGCGCGCGGCGGAGACGUUCGGCUUAUCGUGCGCGAGCGAAAAUACCGAAUUUCUUGUCGCGCCUAGGAUCACCAGCCCUUCUAUUCUUUUUUCUUCCCUUUUCCCGUCCCUCCAAUCCUCUCCUCUUUUUAUUUUCAUUGUUUUACCUUCACCGUACCACGUUUGGGUCCGUUCAAACCCUAAGCUUGUUGGAGAAGUGUAUGAAUCGAUAUACUGGGUGUACCGUACAAGCGAGUAGGUCCUACGUGAAGUACUGAAUCGAAAACGUAGAAUAAAAUGUGUUCAUACCAAGCUUCGUUUUCGAGAAAAAUAGGUUUGAAAAUUUGUCGUUGCUGGAUAAAUGCCAUUUACCUAAUCGAUGUAAAGUGUUGCGAGUGAACUUGGAGUGUGCGUUAUUUGCCUGUGUUUUGUGUUCUGUAUGUCGUAUGUUAUUCUGUCAAUUUGAUCUGUGGAUUUUAUAUAUUUGGUUUAUUAAAUGCCUUACAAUACACAUUACACUGCGUAAUUCUAUUAGGUUGUGGACCCAGGAAAUAAGCAAGUAGUCCAAAUAGUUAAUGGAAGAAAAAAUAAAUAAUUUGUUCAUUACGUACAGAAAUGGCGUCCAUAGGCAGUUUGUAAAAUAUUGAAAGACUCACGGAGAUGCAUUCAGAUCGUACAAUGGAAGAAAAGCUUGAAAUAGUAUACUCCGAUAUAUGCGGUCCUAUGAAAACAGAAUCAAUUGAUGGUACAAGGUAUUUUGUUACAUUUAUCGAUGAUUAUAGCAGGUACACCGAAACAAUAAUGUUACGUCGUAAAUCGAAAGUUUUUAACUAUUUUUUGUUUUAAACUACAAACGAAGAGUGGAGAAAUUAACAAGAUGUUCGAUCAAGCGACUACGCACCGACAAUGUUAAGGACUAUACUUUAAAUUAAUUUACAAGAUUUUUAGAAAAAGAAGGUGUAACGCGCCACUUAACUGUGGAAUACACACCCCAGCAGAAUGAAGUAGCUGAACGAGUGAAUCAUACUCGUACUUAAAAAACAGAUGUCCAACUAAAAUUUUAAAUAAUGAGACUCCAUUUGAACUUUGGACAAACAAGAAUCCGAAUGUAGAAUUUUUAAGUAUUAUAUGAAGUAGAACAAUAGUUAACAAAAGAGGAAGAUGUGGAAAAUUUUAAGCGAAAGGAGACGAAUAUAUAUUAGUCGAAUAUGACAAUAUAUCGAAAGCAUAUCGUCUGUGGAAAGAAAAUUGAAAAACCGUAAUUAAAGCAAGAGAUAAAAUUUAUCGAAACGACAAAUUUCAGAAGAAAGAAGUUAAAAACAAUAAUGUCAAUGAUAACGGCAAUGAUUUCAUUCCAUUAUUUAUAAAUAUUAAUUAUGAAGAAUCACAAAAGAAGAACGUGAAGAAUAAGAAGUGGAGAACCAAGAAACAAUUGAAAUAGAUGAUACACCACAAGUUGAUAAUAAAAAUAUAAAACGAGAACCAGCAAAAUCGAAACUAUUGAGAACAGGAAAGAAACAUAAACCACGAAAAUUAUUUAAUAUGAUAGAAAAAUAGAUGAAGAUAAUCAAGAUACUAUAGAAGAUGCACAAUUAUGACCACAAGCGAUGCAAGUGGAGUAUGAAGCACUGAAGAGAAACAAAACGUGGAUUCUAUUUUCGAGACCAAAAAGUAAAAGGGUUCUUUCUAAUAGAUGGGUAUUCAAAAUUAAAUAUAACAAAAAUGGUUCUAUUAAUAAAUGCAAAGCUAAAUUUGUAGCACGAGAUAAUACUCAAAAGAAAGGUGUGGAUUGUGAGGAAGCGUUUGCUCCUGUGGCAAGAUAUGAAAUUAUAAGGGCAUACAUUAAUCACAGAAGAAGAAUUAUUAUUCCGUUAAGAAACACAAACACUUUUUCCUUAUAUUUACACUCUUAACAUUAGAACUACCAAGCAUUUAAUAUAAUUGAUAUGUAAUCCCUAUACGAAUUGUAACAAUAGAUUAUUUUCAGUUUAUUCAGGCAUUCAUUAUAGUAUUUAAAUGAAACUAUUUAUUUUCAAAAUUGUUUUGAAUAUUGAAUGCUUUUGAGAUAUCAACAAUUACUAAACAAGAAAACAGAAACUGGUUUGACUGGUACGUACUUACUUCUAGUGUUAAUAUCAUUAAUUUUGAGAUUAACUUUGUAUUACACUGUACAAUUAUAUGAAUGACGCGGCGGCCAAUGUGUUAAUAGAUUGUCGGUAGAUAAAACGUUAAGUGUUUUGAAGUUACUCUUGGGUCGUGAGUAUCCGUGGAUAAGGUUCUCUUUCCCUUUCGUUUACCCGUUCUGCCGCCAUUAUCUUUCCAAUAACGUGACAGAAUAAAAGUACAGCCGCGCCGCUGCAGGAUCUAACAUUAACGGGAACCGAUAAUUACUUUUUGGGCCAUCUUAAAUUCCCAGCUUAAAACAGCUCGUGAUAAACGUGGUAAUGCGAUAACCGAGUUACCCCUGUCAGUCGAAUUUCCCAUCUCUCAUUAACGCUUUUAAUUACCGUCCUAAUAUUGAUUGUCACCCGGAAUAAAAUUAAUUGUUGCUGUUCUGAUGGUCUAAAUGUGUUCCCCGGUAAACAACGAGCUUUUAAUUUAGACGA